GGAGGACAGUUUUUGUGGUGACCUGAGGCCUCUCGUGACCAAGGUCGCGUGAGGUUGCAGUGCCGCCCCGCACCCCCGCGGACCGGGGCCUCAGUCUGACCCGGAGCUGAGUUAAGUACACACCGGUUUGAUGCAGUCGGGAAUAAACCUACAGCAAGAUAGCUAUAUCAGGGGUUCGGUGGAUGCAGGGGUUCGUUGUCCCCAUGGAGAUAUGACUUAUGGAUGAUGAACCUCCAUAUUUAAGAUCUGGUGGUCGUUUUCGUGUUAACAAUUUAUAAAAGCAGUUCCUCAUUUCAAGUUGUAUUUGUUAAUUUGUCAUCGGAUCAUUGCUUAAGAAAAUGAUUUUUUCGAACAUUCUACGAAUGCAAGACUGUCGCACGUAACAUUUUGGCUUACGAUUUUUAUUUUCUAACUUUAAGGCGAUUAAAAGGCACUCAAAAUGUGCCUAUUCGUUUUUAAGAUACAUUUACCAAUAUUUCAAUGCUAAUGCAUUUGGGUCAUGUUUUACAUUUUACUGAAAUGGUUGUCAAUAUCCAUGUUAUGGCAUCAAAAAAGAGAAAGAGCGAUGAUAAAUUUACAGCUCAGUUGCGUUACACACUAUGCCGGUCGGUGCCAUGCAGACGGUCGCUGCAGAGAAUACAAUCGUUCUCGGCUGGGCGGCACUCGGUCAGUAGCCCACUGGCCGUCUCAGGGUCAUCAGGGGGAACAUCGCACCUUGUCCAGCCGCGCCGGGAGGGGGCGGGAUGUUCCAGGACCGUCACCACGCGGCUGGAAGUCCCAGUCGCGCUGCUGCCGGUUCAGGGCCGGCCCUGACCCCAGGCGCCGCCGUGCAGAGGGGCAGAUAAAGGCGGCACCUGUCCGCUGGCCGCCAGUGGAUACCUCAGAGGCGUGCAGGUGACUCGCUGCAGAAGAGACAGAACAUACCUACUGAGACAGCGAACAGGAUGAAGCUGCUGCUGUUGUCUCUGAGUCUGGUGGUCGUGCUGGGCGAGCACGAAGACCGUCACGCCUUGAGACACGCCCAGAGCUACCCGGACAGCUACUACCCAGAUCGACACUACCCGGGCCCCUACCCAGACCCCUACCCGGGCACCGGCAACCCUUACGUGCGCCCCUCCGGCUGCAAAAACUGGUGCCGUUAUGACGACAACUACCGUCCCGGCCUCUUCCACGGCCGAACCCGGUACUACUGCUGCGACCACAGCGCUCCGGUCGUCUACCCCAGGCCACCGUACCCCUACCCGACGCGACAGAAGAUCUGCCCGCCGUCCCCUGCGGUGUGCACGCGCGUCUACUCGGCCUUCGGAGCACCCACCGAGUGCUACUCGGACUCUGAGUGCUCCACCGUCGACCUCUGCUGCUACGACGUCUGUCUCCGGCACAAGACCUGCAAGACGGCCGACUACGCUGAGGGCCCGGUGCGGCCGCGGCCGGUGCCCUACCGCCCCCGGCCCGGAAACAUUUUCACAGGAAUCAUCGGCUCCCUGCUGGGCCGCAGCUCCUUCGAUGAACCUCACUCGGUCGCUGCCGCCGAUCAGCCUCAGGAGGUCGUGGCACUGAGGAGCGCCAAAGCCGAUGAUAAAAAGAAACACGAGUAGGCUGGGACUGAGGUGGACUGAGACGCGUAUUUAUUGCUGCUGUCGCAAUGUGAUCUGCAGUUGUGCUGUCGAUGCUGCCAGCAAAGUACAUAAAUGAGUGGUUGUCAAGCGAUAUGAGCUCUGUCACCUGAUUCAAUUCGGGUGUUUCAUCAGCAUUUAAGCGAAAAUGCCAACUCUGGCGGGGUGCUUCGACGCUGCCAUUGUAAUGCUUCAAAAUGAUGCAAAGGGAUCGUGGCAUUUCUUGUUGCCUGUCUGUGACGUCUGUAUGGCGUGGGAAUGAUUAUAAAUGACAUAUAAGUGUCGCAGAAGAAAGACACGGUGCCAAUCAGACAUUGCUGUUUAAUAAGCGCGGUUAUUAUCAAAGCCACAAACAGGUGUUCACUGUUCCGUGGAUGAAUGGUCCAUCCAUGAGAAUAUAGCAGUGUGUACUUUAUUGAGGUGUGAUUGAAUAUUGUCGAAAUAAAAAAGCGUUUUACUUUGUAUAUACAGUUUGCAACUUGCUAUCCUGUCAAUCAUCACUUGAUUAUGGUGUGCGCCCUUACAUACCGUUUUAAAUAAACUUAAUAAAAAAUUAACUAGAAAAUCCGUUGGUUUAUUAAUUGAUUACGAGUAAACGGAUUACUUGAUGUUAUAUUACGGUGAUGACAUUUUGCACUGGUCAUAAUACUUAAUCGCUCUUCAUAAAUACUUUUGCUUUCCUGUUAUAAGACAUACCUUGAAACUGGAACAGUAAAUAAAUAGAAAUUAAAGCCAUAACAAAAGUGACUGAUCACUGUUUGCCUCGUUUUGGAGCUCUGCUGGCCAUAGCUUUUUUCGAUUUAGCACCACGCUUCAUAGGUCUGGUGCAUCCUUGUUUGAUCUUGCGUUUCAGAGGUGUGCCCGAGACCCUACUGGCUGAAGACGUGGUAGAAACUGACCUUGACCGUUUGACGCACGACUGAAUUUUGGCCCGUUUUGUUCUAAAAAGACGUGGAUGGGGAGAGUUGCGCCGUUUGAAUUUUGGACGACUUGGUUGUCCAGACGUAGAUGGCAUUGUCUCUUGAACUACCUGAUAUCUAGGUCUUGAUCUAUCAAGCCUUGCAUUACCCGAUCCCGAAGCCCAGCUCGAUAUGGAUGAGCAGGAACGGCUCUGUAAAGAUCUUGGCACGAAAUCAGACCAUUGUGAAAGUGACGUGUUUGACGGUGAAGACGAGGGAUCAUCGGGUACUGAAAAUCGCUUGAGCUGUUUCACGCGAGAAGGAACAACUCGCUUUGACGCUGAUGGUUUGACACCAUUUCGAAUUAGACCUACACUAUGUUGCUCUUUUUCGUCACUGCAACCUUGUGCUGACAGCUUUUGAACUUUUUCCCUCGACUUCUUCGACAAGGUCUCAGAAGCUUUCAAAUCGGU